AAGGGCGUAGUGGUCAGCGGUGAUGCUCUCGGUCGUAUUGUGCUCCUCUACUCGUGUGUCACCUUCGCAUCUGCACUUACACUUCACUUCCACUCUCACACUGCAGUCUUAACCUUGCCAUAACUAUACAGCAGCCAUGGCGCAAGACAAGACCAGUGCCGAGCACAACGAAGGCAUCAAUCCUGCUCAUGAAGCACUCCUUACCGGAGCAAUUGCUCUAGCCAGUCUCUUCAGCACCUGCGUCGAAGCAUUCGGGCUCAUCCAUCCUUCACACAAAUGGGACAAGGACGAGCAGCUGCUCUUGACCCGUCUGGGUCUCCAGCAGGCAAGACUACUGAUAUGGGGUGCUGUAGUUGGCGUCUCCUCGCCACCUGCUGCUGUAACAAAUCGCGCAGUCCCAAGACACCCAAGCGCAGCAUAUCCAGACCUCAAGGAGCCUACCUUCUUCGACACGCGCGACCCUAGACUUGACGAUCCAGAGAUCAGGACGACCAUCGAGCAGACCCUCAGCGCGAUAGUCGAUCGCUCAUCUGCACACUCGCGGGAGGAGAUGAUGGCAAAAUUCGGACUGAAGCCACCGAAACGGCUCGGAGGUGGCUUGCCAGAGCCAGCGAUGGAUUCGACCAGAUUGGAGGCUUUCAGAGAGAAAUAUGAGCUGCUACGAGAAGUCGCAGAGAGCUAUGCUCGUAUCAAUACACGGAGGAACAAUUCUCUCAUCCACACGUCCUGGCAAAUCGCCGACGUGACCAAGUUCGGCGUCUUCAUUCAGCUCACGCAAGAGAAAGUUGAUUACUUGAUCGAGCUAUUGAACGUAAAGGAGCAGAUAGAUCGUGCGAUGCGCAUGGAUAUCAGGAUAUUUGGUUGGCACAUCAUUCCAGACCGGCAGAGAUCUGCCAUGGACAUCUCGAAGCUCCGGCUUCUCCAGGAAAUCUGCCAAGCAGACUACCCUGAAUAUCUUGUUGCAACGCAACAAGCUCUGGACAAUAUCAGUCGUGAAGCGCGUGAAAAUGCCAUGACUUACACGGGAUUGAGCAAACAGCAGCAAGACUUCAUCAACCCAGACGGUGCCACGCCCAAGGCCACCAACGGACAGCAACACCACAAUAAAAAGCGACCCGGUCUACUCAAGCUCUUCAAAUCCUUUGGAAAAUCAUCCAAGACACCUGUACACAGCCGCUCAGUCUCAGGACCUUCGUUAUCAGCCGAAGACAUUGAUCCGCCGCGAGCCAUGUCUGACGUCGGUCCUGCCAUGACGAGAAUUCGUUCCAAGUCCGUUGGAGCCGAACUUGACAUUCACGGAGAAUUGGACGAAGAUCUCAGAAAUAGGCUGGAGCAGAUGACAACCCACACAUCAGAGCCUCCACCUGACUCUAAAUAUCUGGCAAUCGACUCGCCCGUUGAGCCGUCAUUUCAACCCAUUGUUCCGCUCGUGAACAAACCUGUUCAGGCGGGAAUAAUUCGGCACGACCAAUAUCAGGGCAUUGGGCGUGUGGAGACGAAGGAUCUUCAUCAGGCUGACUAUUAGCGAUAAUUUCACGAGGAGGAGAAAUCAUUUUGCGCAAUAUACCCAUUCUCUGGUUACAUAAGGGCGUUGAUGUGACUUGUGUUGAGAUUUAUCGUCUUGAAAAUAUUCGUUUCGUCUAGCUUUCCGGCAUUUUCAUUCCUAACAUGUCCUUCUGAGCGACGAGUGCGUAGCCUGUGACUAAGCCGUAUAGGCUCAAUUCUUUCUUCCUC